AUGGUAAUUCAGCUCCCAUAUUGUCAUUUGGCUGGAGAAAUCAUGCCCGGAAAUGCUUCUGACUGGAUUAUGCUGAUGGUAGAGAAGCGGCCACAUGUGAGUAUGGUUGAAUCUUUGUUGUCUUCUAUUUCAGAAGUUAUAGAAUCAGUGGUCUGCAUAGAGUUGCAAAAUGAAGCUUUCAUCUGUUUUGGAUCCUACCUUUACCGGGCUUCUGCUGUUAUCAUGGAGUUGAAGAUGCGCGAUAAUGUCCUGAAGAAUACCACACAGAUACUGAGUUCCCUUUCAAGCAGCAUUGAUUUGGCGAAAGACCUCACGAAGAAAGGCCAACAGUGUGCACAAUCAGAUCAAGACUCUGGUAUCAAUGAUAUACUGGAAGAUCUCCAAGGAAUAUUGAGAGCCGUAGGUAAAGAUCUUAAUAUGAUACAGAAUUCUCUUAAUGGAGCUGAAGAGCAUGUGAAAAUUGCUGCCAAAUCCCUGUCUAAAGAAAUGGAAGAGGUGAACUUUGUAGUCAGCAGGGCAACAACUUCAAAGAACAGAAAGCCGGAAAUAAGACAUGUUGUGGCUUCAGCGGAAAUUUCAACAGAAGAAGAUACAGAAAAUGAGACUGAUCUUUAUUCUACUGAUGUUGAAGCCUCAAUGGAGUACCUUCUCUCAUCAGAUAAACCGAAGCCUUCCGUGGAUGAAAGCCUUAAAAAGAAAAACCAGAUGAGUUGGAGCGGAAAAUCUUUGAUGAGUGUACCUGAAAUGGCUCAAUACAUUGAGCCUCUGUAUGAGACAUUCUUUUGCCCUCUGACAAACAAGAUUAUGGAUGAUCCAGUAACCAUUGAGAGUGGAAUAACAUAUGACAGGACAGCCAUAACCGAGUGGUUCAAUAAGUUUGAGGUACAAGAUGAGAUCUUGUGCCCCAAAUCAGGCCAGAAGCUGCAAAGCAAAAACUCGAAUACCAAUUUUGCCUUAAAAAAUACCAUUGCUGAGUGGAAGGAAAGAAAUGAAACAGCAAAAAUUAAGGUCGCCCGUGCUGCUUUGUUGUUGGCAAGUACAGAGGAAAUGAUCCUUCAAGCAAUAGCUGAUCUGCAAGGUAUCUGUGGAGAAAAAGCGUACAAUAGGGUAAAGAUCCGGAAUGUUGAGAUCAUUCCGGUGCUUGCCAAGUUGUUGUACCAUGAGAGCAUAACUGUAAGAUGUGCAACCGCAAAUCUUCUGCAGCAACUAGCCGAGGGUGAGGAUGAUGGCAAGGAAAUUGUAUCCAAGACAGUUGAUCUGUCAAAAUUAAUAAAGAUGCUGUCAAGCAAUCACCGGGCGGCUAGGCAUGCAUCAGCCUUGCUCUUGAGUGAGCUUUCUAAAUCCCGGCAUUUUGGUGCAACUAUUGGAGGUAUUGCUGGGGGUAUCCUCAUGCUCAUAACAACAAAGUACAGGAAGUCUGUGGAUGAAUACGCAUCAGAAAAAGCUGAGGAAAUCUUAAGAAACCUGGAAACAUCUCCUGAUCACAUCAAAUGCAUGGCAGAAAAUGGAUACUGGGAACCGCUACUGCAGAAUCUUGUUAAAGGUACCAAAGACAUGAAAAUAGAGAUGGCGAGCUUCCUUGGCAAGAUAGUUCUUAGCCCGGAUAUGAUAGCAUCUGUGGCUGAGAGAACUUCUUCAGCAUUACUAGACAUGGUACGCAGUGGAAAUUCUCUUUGCAGAAGUGCAGCCUUUCAAGCACUGAGACAAAUUUCCAGUAACCAUUCUGUACAUGGAAGACUUGUGGAGGCAGGGAUCCUGACAAUCAUGGUUGAUGAGAUGUUUGCAAGAACAAUUAAGAAUGAACCAGUAAACUCUAAGAAUGAGGCAGCUACAAUACUUGCAAAUAUAUGUGAGUCUGGAUUGGAGCUAGAGAAUCUGCGCGUAAAUUCCCAUGGCCACACAAUGGCUUCGGACUACAUUGUGUAUAACAUCAUCAGCUGGAUCAAACACUCGACCCCUGAAGAUUUAACCAUCAACCUGAUAAGGAUGUUAUUGUGCCUGAUGAAAUUUCCAAAAGCAUCAGCAACAAUUGUGUCUGUAGUGAAGGAAACAGAAGCAAGUUACAACCUGAUUGAACUCAUCAACUAUCCAAACGAAGAACUUGGGGUUGCAGUGCUCAAAUUACUAAUCACACUGUCAUCUUUCAUGGGGCACACUCUAUGUGACAGAUUAUGCAAAACAAAGAGCCAACUUGAGAGCCUAAUUCAAUACCCAAAAGAAGUUAUCCGAAUCACAGAGAAGCAUUCACUUUCAGCUAAAUUCUUAGCUAAGCUUCCUUAUCAGAAUAUAACACUGAACCGAGCCUUGCUUGAUCAUAGUAUGGUCACAAAAAUCGUCCAAAGCAUUAGUUGGAUCCAAAAUACAGGAACAAGAACAAGCAGAUAUACAAGUACUUAUCUUGAAGGCCUUGUUGGGACUCUUGUAAGGUUUACAACCACACUGUAUGACAUUCAAGUACUCAAUUUAGUGAGGGACUACGACUUCACAUCGCUAUUCACAGAACUAAUAGCAAAUACAUCUAGCGAUGAAGUUCAGAAGUUAUCAGCUAUGGCACUCAAGAAUUUAUCAGAACAAUCUGCCAUUCUAUCCAAAAAGCCACAAUCCAGGACAACUGCAUACGCUGGAACUUUCAAGUUUAUGAAGUGUUUCUCUUGCAAUAUGUCUAAGUACCAAAUGGUAUCAGUUUGUCCAGUUCAUAAAGGUUCCUGUUCUUCACAAGAUUCCUUCUGCUUGAUUGAUGCAAAGGCAGUUGAAAGACUCAUAAACUGCUUAGACCACGACAACGUUGAGGUGGUUCAAGCUGCACUUUCAGCAAUAUGCACAUUGUUGGAUGACAAAGUUGAUUUGGAUAAGAGCGCCAAGUUCUUUAAUGAUAUGCACACAGUCCCACACAUCCUGAAUGUCAUAAAGGAGCACAAAGAAGAGCAGAUCCUGCAAAAAUCAUUUUGGAUGAUGGAUAGGAUCCUUUCAAAAGGUGGCGAUGAAAUGGUUUCUGAUGUAUCGCGGGACGGAUUGUUCUUCACUACUGUAGUCAGUUCACUCCACCAUGGAGAUGAUUGUACGAGGGAGAUGGCUGAGAAAAUUUUGAGGCACCUGAACAAAUUCCCAGAUAAUUCAGUCUACUUUACCAAGUAA